GAACAUCCACUGCAUCAAACACACCAACACAAAAUCACUUCUCAUCUUCUCCCAUAGAUAUCACACUUUCCCAACUAGCUAGUUUUUCAGUUUUCAUCGCUGUUCUAGCAUCCGCUUAUCAUUAUUUCCAAUUUGCUUUCGGGACACACUUUUACAUUACUAGACUAAUGGAAAAGCUACAGAAGAUGAUCUCCGAGAAGUCAGUAGUGAUCUUUAGCAAGAACUCGUGCUGCAUGUCUCACACAAUCAAGACUCUCUUCUUAGAUUUUGGUGUAAACCCGACGAUCUAUGAGUUAGACGAGAUCAACAGAGGAAAUGAGAUAGAGCAAGCAUUGGCUCAGAUCGGCUGCAGCCCCACUGUGCCGGCGGUUUUCAUAGGAGGUCAGCUCGUUGGUGGAGCCAAUCAAGUCAUGAGUCUUCAUCUCAAUCGCUCUCUACUUCCAAUGCUUAAGCGGGUUGGGGCGUUAUGGCUUUGAUUAAAUAUAGAGAUGUACUUACUUAGAGGAUGAUUGGUUAUGAUUGUAGAUGCUCUCUACAGCCAUAUCAAUAUGUUCUCCUCUCACGUAUACUAAUGUUGAAGUUGCAUCA